AUGUCCUGGAGAACCUCAACUGUCUUGGAGAACCUCAACCGUCUUGGAGAACCCAACCAUCUUGGAGAACCUAACCCGGCUUGGAGAAGCCAACCAUCUUGGAGAACCUCAACCGUCUUGGAGAACCCAACCGUCUUGGAGAACCUCAACCAUCUUGGAGAACCUCAACCGUCUUGGAGAACCCAACCGUCUUGGAGAACCCAACCGUCUUGGAGAACCUCAACCAUCUUGGAGAACCUCAACCGUCUUGGAGAACUCAACCGUCUUGGAGAACCUCAACCGCCUUGGAGAACCUCAACCGUCUUGGAGAACUCAACCGUCUUGGAGAACCUCAACCGUCUUGGAGAACUCAACCGUCUUGGAGAACCUCAACCGUCUUGGAGAACUCAACCGUCUUGGAGAACCUCAACCGUCUUGGAGAACUCAACCGUCUUGGAGAACCUCAACCGUCUUGGAGAACUCAACCGUCUUGGAGAACCCAACCGUCUUGGAGAACCUCAACCGUCUUGGAGAACCCCAACCAUCUUGGAGAACCUCAACCGUCCAGGAGAACCCAACCAUCUUGGAGAACCUCAAGAGUCCAAGAGGAGCCAUUUUGGGACAAAUUGGGCUAGAAAUCGGGGGGGUUCCCCCUUUUUUGGGGGGUGUUUGAGGUCAUUGAGGUCCCGGCCAAUCAGGGGAGGGCAAGGGGGGGGAGGUCCAAGGCGCUGCCAUUGGCUGAGGGAGCGGGAGGCGGGGUGAGGGCGGCGGCCAAUGAGGUGAGAGGUGGAGGAAGUGGGCGGUCUGGUGCCACCUGGGUGACCCCGUUGACCCCCCAAUGGGAGCCAGGCGUUGGGGUUUGCCCCUCCCCCUCCCUGAUUUUGGGGGUGGGGGAGGGGAAAUCUGACCGUUGCGGGGGGGGGGGUGGUAAAAUUGGGUCGAAACCCGCAAGUUUUGGGGGCCGGGCGGUGACGGGAUUGAGCGGCCCGCGCGGAAAGGGGCAAAAAAGGGCGUUUUGCAUAAAAAAGCAGAAAACGGUGGUUUUCAGUACGGGGGAGGGGAUCUUUUGGGGGCGUGAAGAGGCAAAUUGGGGGAUUUUCCCAAAAAAUAAGGUUUUGGGUUUUUUUUUUAAUAUGUAGAAAUGGCGGGUUUUGCACAACAGGCAAUUUUUGCCCAAAAGUGAAGAUUUUUGGACAGAAAAGUCAAGAUUUUUGGAUAGAAAAGUCAAGAUUUUGGAGGACAAAAUUCAAGAUUUUGGGGGGUGAAAUUCAAGAUUUUGGGACAAAAAGGUCAAGAUUUUGGGGGCACAAACGUCAAGAUUUGGGACCACAGAAGUCAAGAUUUUGGGGGCAUGAAAGUGAAGAUUUUUGAGUACAGAAGUGAAGAUUUUUGGAGCACAAAAAUGAAGAUUGUUUUUGGGUGCAAAAGUCAAGAUUUUUGGGUGCAAAAUUCAAGAUUUUGGGGGCAGAAAAGUGAAGAUUUUUGAGUACAGAGGUGAAGAUUUUUGGAGGACAAUAAUGAAGAUUUUUUUGGGUGCAAAAGUCAAGAUUUUUGGGUGCAAGAGUCAAGAUUGCUGGAGCACAAAAGCCAAGAUUUUGGGGGCAGAAAAGUGAAGAUUUUUGAGUACAGAAGUGAAGAUUUUUGGAGCACAAAAAUCAAGGCUUUGGGGCGCAGAAGUCAAGAUUUUGGGGCAAAAAAGUCAAGAUUUGUGAAUUGCGGUUGGAGCUCUCUCCAAAAAAAGGCAGGUUUGGGGCAGGCAAGGGGAGGUUUUGUGCCAAAUUUCAUGUUUUUGGGCAAAAAUCCACUGGUUUUCCCUUUUCGCGGAAAAAAAAAGGGGACUUUGGGUUUGGCAGUGAAGGUGGAAAUGGGGUUUUUUUGCAGCAAAGUGCCUGGUUUGGGGGGAAAAAAGGAGAUUUGGGGGGCUAAAAUGAUGAUAAAGGAAGAAAAUGUAGUUUUUUUCCCAUAAAAUGUGUGCGUUUGCUAUAAAAUGUGUGUUUUUGCCAUAAAAUGUGUGGUUUUGCCGUAAAAUGUGUGUUUUUGCUGUAAAAUGUGUGGUUUUGCUGUAAAAUGUGUAUUUUUGCCAUAAAAAUGUGUGGGGUUUGUGAUAAAAUGUGUGGUUUGGCGAUAAA